AUGGUCUCGUCCCGUGACGACCUCUAUCGGUGUUGCCUUUGUAAGCGAGUGAUGCGCUGGAAGAGUAUCCGUUUGCAUUUGCAAAACGUUCAUCGGCUAACAAAAGAAGAAAUUAUGAACGUUAAAUGUGAUGGUGCACAAGAAAUGACUCUGGCAGACGAGCAACAAAAGAGCUGGCAGAUGUUCUGCCCCGUGUGCGAAGAGAAGGUUCCAGAUCAUUUCGUUCUGGCGAUGCACUGCGAGAAGCUUCAUCAAGAUGUUGGAGCCUGCGGCCAGCCUCAAGACUAUAAAGUGUUCACGAAGACAUUUCGCACCGAUAUUGAAUUUGAGAAAUGGCUCAGUGAUGAGAGCGAGCGAAAUUGUACGAGUUUAAGCCGUCGCACCAGUUCAGCAGAUGGAAGUGAGAUUAGUUUGAGAUGUCACAGAUCUGGGAAGUAUGUGAAGAAGUCGUUGAAUGGAACCCGUAGUGCACAGAGCAAAAAACAAGUACAACACUGUUCGUGUUUCUUGAAUGUGCGAAUGGAUGAUUCCGGAGUUGUCACGGUCACAGGAUGCUGGGGUCAUAUAGGACACAAGCUCGAAGCCAAUCUUCUUCGUUUCUCCAGUUUGCAGGAGCUGUUUUUGAAGAGCCUUCUGGAAAGUAUGGUAACAACAUCUGGUUAA